AUGCUAGUUGCGGCCAGACAUCGCGGGCCUGGCCCAGCAAAAUACAUGCUACCAGGAACUGUCGGUUAUAAAGCUCACGACUGUACUAGAAAAAUGAGUCCUGCUUAUUCGUUAGGUAUGCGUCAUUCAUCUUUACGUUUUGCAAGCGUUUCAAGUCCGGGUCCUCAAUACGUAGUAAAACAAGGAAUGACGCGAAACGGUCCCAGUGGCUCACCAGCAUUUACUCUACAUGGAAGGAUUAAUACUACUUCUUCUUUUCAAACGCCAGCGCCAGGAGCAUAUUCUCCUGAAAAAGUACCCCCCAUGCGUGAAAAACGCCCGGCAGCCUACUCGUUUGGAAGCCGUACUAACUACCGAUCUACCAAUUCAACUCCCGCGCCAAAUGCAUAUACCUUACCGUCGCUGUUAGGAUCUAGAAUUGCGUUAAAGAGCUCCUCGGCCGCCUAUUCUCUUUCAGCCAGAAACAAAAUUUCAACUUCAAACGAACAGACACCUGGACCUGGUGCUUAUCGAGUCAGUGAUACCCAGGUAUUUAAAAGGAAAUAUCCUGCUUAUUCCAUGAGUGGAAGAAAUUUUAUGCCUCAAGACACAGUGGUCUUACCUGGCCCAGGGCAGUAUACUCCAGAGAAAGUUUACAUGACUAAGAAAACCGCUCCAAGAUUUUCCUUUGGAAUUAAACAUUCGGAAUUUAUUUCUCCUCUUAUAACGAAUGCCGACAUGUCAUAA